AUGGUUUUAAUAAACAACUCUGAAAAGCCCUCGGAAGACCUUGAUGAUAGAAUUAAGGAAUUAAAACAAAGUAAAAAGAAAGCAGACGAAAAAAAUCAAUUAUUACACUCCUUUUUAUUGAAUGAUAUAGGUAGUAAGGAUUUAGAUUAUUUAAGAGAAUUAUUAAAUGGACAGCAACUUAUUAAGAUAUUAGCUGAAUUAGAUGACCGAAGGCAAGACAUUAAAGGUUUAAAAUAUGACUUGAACAUAAAAAAUGAGGAAUUAUCAAAAUUAAGUUCUCAAUUAGAAUAUUUUGAAAAAAAG